CCAGCAACGCUUCAAGGAGGCGUGAGAAUAACUGGUGGUGGUGUUGGUGGAAGGGCGUCGCAGGGGGGGGGGGGGGGGGGGGGGGGUGGGGUGGAGGGGGAGAUGAGGUCAGCCAUGUGUGCUUCCAGAUCGCGAUAUGGUGCCACAGUGCCAGCAAGCGUUGCUUACAGCUGUCCCCAAUUUCACCCCCGCUGUCCCUUUCCCCUUUCCCUCAUUUUCUCUUUAUUUCUCCUCAAUCCAUCAUUAUAAAAGAUAAAUAAUUAAAUUAUUAUCUACUCUGGUUCUACAUACUGCGCCUUUCCCCCUUUCCUUUCGUUGAAGUCCAUUUUUUCUCUAAUAAAGUCUCUUUUAGCUUACUAUUACUUUUUUCCGUGGAUUCCGUCACAAAAAUAAUACCUAUAAAAAUAAUAAUAAUAAUUCAGACCAUUUUAGGCACAGAGUAGAGUAGAGAGCGGUGUUUGUCUCGUGAUCUAGCACUGUCUGCGUCAAAUUCUAGGCUGCUUAUCAUUUUUACAAAUCCACUGAACCUCCAAUCAUUCACAUUCCUAGAUCCAUUUAAAUACCCAAGUAGAGAUGCUGUUGGGCUCUUUUCUUUCGCCUUUGGUGUUUACCUGCUGAAUUCUGCAGCCGAAUGUCCAGUGGUGUUUGUAUUGAGGAUUAUGCAUGUGGGUUGGGUGCCAUUUUGAAGUUGGAAGAUGGGGUUCUUGGUGUUGACGCGGACAGAGCUUCCACUUUGAUACUAAGGGUUCUUUAGUUGUUGAAGAUUGGAUAUUUUAAAUCAAUGAGGAAAGACUGUUGACUACAAUGGAUCCUCAGGCUUUUAUCAGAUUGUCGAUAGGUUCACUGGGGCUGAGAAUUCCUGGAGCAGCAUUGAAUGCUGCUAAAUCAGGAAUUUCUGCAUUCCCUACAUUUUUAUGUGAGAUCCGUCUACGGGGUUUUCCUGUGCAGACAACAUCAGUUCCGUUACUAUCUUCUCCUGAAGCGCUGCCAGAUUCCCAAAACAUUGCCUCGAGCUUUUAUCUCGAAGAAUCAGAUCUGAAAGCAUUGCUGGCACCUGGAUGUUUCUAUGCUUCUCAUGCAUGUCUGGAGAUUUCUGUUUUCACAGGGAGGAAAGGGUCUCAUUGUGGUGUCGGCAUCAAAAGACAGCAGAUAGGGAUAUUUAAGUUAGAGGUAGGUCCUGAAUGGGGUGAAGGAAAGCCAAUUAUCCUUUUUAAUGGGUGGAUAGGCAUUGGAAAGAACAGGCAGGACAGCGGAAAGCCAGGAGCAGAGCUUCAUUUGAGAGUAAAACUUGAUCCUGACCCAAGAUAUAUUUUCCAGUUUGAAGAUGUCACCACACUCAGUCCUCAAAUAGUUCAACUUCAAGGCACCAUUAAGCAGCCGAUUUUCAGUUGCAAGUUUAGUCGGGACAGGGUUUCCCAGGUGGACCCACUGAGCACAUAUUGGUCAACUUCUACAGAUAGUUCUGACCAAGAGACAGAGAGAAGAGAGAGGAAAGGAUGGAAGGUGAAGAUACAUGACCUCUCCGGCUCAGCUGUUGCAGCAGCCUUCAUAACGACCCCAUUUGUGGCAUCAACAGGUUGUGACUGGGUUGCCAGGUCCAACCCAGGAGCUUGGUUGAUUGUUCGUCCUGAUGCUUGCAGGCCUGAGAGUUGGCAGCCAUGGGGAAAGCUCGAGGCAUGGCGUGAGCGUGGUGGUAAAGACACUGUUUGCUGCCGCUUUAACCUUCUGUCUGAGGAACGGGAGGGAGGAGAGCUUCUCAUGUCCGAGAUAUUUAUUAAUGCGGAGAAGGGUGGGGAGUUUUUCAUAGACACUGAAAGACAAAUUCGAGCAGCAGCCACUCCUAUACCGAGCCCUCAAAGCAGUGGAGACUUCUCAGCAUUAAGCCCAGUUGGGGUGGGGUUUGUUAUGAGCUGUAGGGUGCAAGGGGAAGGGAAGAGCAGCAAGCCACUUGUGCAAUUGGCCAUGCGACAUGUAACUUGCGUGGAGGAUGCUGCAAUCUUCAUGGCACUUGCUGCAGCUGUUGAUCUCAGCAUUGAAGCAUGCAGGCCUUUCCAUAGAAAGUUCAGGAGAGGAACUCGCCAUUCAUUUUGAGAGCAAAAAUAGGUGAUUAUUUCCACUAACAGAGGAAUUGCUCGGUUUCAUUAUCUCUUCGUCUGAUAGUUGUUACAUUUGGCAUGUACAGGCCCUUGUUGACACAUAUCCUUCUCUUAAAUAUAUAAUCUCACUCUACCCACA